AUGGACUUUCAAUUGGUUGAAAGAUUUGCAAUGAUUGCCUGGUGUAUUUGGUUCAAAAGAAAUUCGUCUCGGAUUGGUUCACCAUCACUGCCCUUUUCUCAGAUUCACUCGGAUGCCAUUGAACGGCUUCAGGAGUUCCAACAAGUCCAAGAUAUGCCCCUGGUUCCAUUCCAGCCUCCAACUCCAAAGCAAUCUGCUGCGGGGUUGGGGGUAGUGCUCAGGGACCAUGAAGGCAAAGUUAUUGGAGCUCUCUCCGAACGUAUUGCCUUACCUCCAUCUGUUGAAGACGUGGAGGCUCUAGCUUGUAGGAGGGCGAUCUUGUUUGCGAUGGAACUUAAUCUUCAGACAGUGAUAUUUAAAGGUGAUUCUGAAAUAAUAUCAAACUCUCUCAACUCAAGCGAAGCGUGCUUAGCCCCCUUUGGCCACCUGAUUGAAGAUGCUCGGCACCUGGCUUCUGGGUUUCAAGCUGUUGUCUUCGCUCAUGUAAGACGAAAAGGGAACGGGGUAGCUGAUAAAUUGGCUAAGUUAGCCAGACAGUCCCAUUCCCCCCAGAUUUGGUUUGGCGACAUCCAUAGUGAUGCCCAUAAUCUUGUAAUGUUCGAUAGUCUUUUCUGUUGA